AUGGAGCAGUACCUGCUGCAGCUCCCGAAGCGCCUGGCGCAGGAGGUGCGCGCGGGUAUCGCGAAUGGCGAAUCGGCGAACGUCGACAUAGUGUCUGGAGCGGAUAACAAGCACUUUACGUUGCACGUGAACGGCAAGGAGUACCCCGCCAAGAUUGCGCAGUUGCCGUGCAUUCUGGAGACGCACAAGACCUACGACGACAAUUUCUUCUACAAGAGCGGCGAGAUCGGACAGAUUUUCGUGGUGACGGAUAAAGACGAGGAGAGGAAGCUGCUGGAGACGCAAGAGGAGGUUACGAACGGAAUCACCCCGCCUAAUACCAACGUGAUCAAGCGAAAGUAUGAGAAGACCAAGAAAACGACACCAUUCCCUAAAGGUGACGUCGCUCGUGUAGAAGAAGACCUCGUCAAGAUUAUAGCCGGCGGUGCGAUCGAAGAUGUUCACGAGGAGCUCGUGGACUUUUACGAGUGGAUGGCGGACGAUGAGCACCCGAAUGGAAUCACAGUCACAGACGAAAUGGAGUUGAUUCGAGAGCAUCCUGAGUACCUCACACUAUCAGAGGAGCCAGCUACCAAGAAGCAAAAGCUGCUGCCACCGAGCACGGGGAACAGCACGGUUCCGGGUACGGCCAGCGCGUCGAUCAUGAACACGCCACUUGCCACAGAUAUCGGCUCGGAGGCUGAAUCGCAAACGGACGGGCGGACGUCUGUGCAGCGUUCACCGGCAUUUGCGCCGACACCAAGCCCCAGGUUGUCACCUAUGCAGCUCAACUCGUCUGCUGGCCGUGACCAGGAUGACGACAAGGAUGUCGAUCUGUUGGAGGACGAUAUCCUGGACGGUAUGGAAACCAAGCCGGCGGAGCCGCGUCAAAAGGAAUACUUGACUGACCCGGCCUAUCUCAAGCUGUUGCCCAUCCGCGAGCGGCUGCAGAAGUCGGUUCGCGAUGCCGAGCGCGACAUGAGUGAGUUGAGUGCCAAGGUCGACGCCAACUCCAACAUCAUCGUCAAGAAUCGCUUCAAGCAAAUGCUCGAGACCGCGACCAAGCAGCGCACCGAGAUCGCCGCGGAGCUGAACAAGGUCAACGCGGAGAUCGCUGCGUUCGAGUCGAGCUGAGAGAGGUGCGCGUUCACAGUCAGUAUGUAAUAGCAGCCCGAUGAUCCUCGAAUGGCAUGUGCAAGCACUCGUCUGGCCAGCUUCAACUUGCAACGGCCUGUCCACGACCUCAAGUACGUCGACGCUGGGUUUGUUUUACAAGCAAACAAGCCCUUACCGUAGACAUGGCAUCUCUGAAAUAUGAACGCUGGACGACGUCAGGUCGAGUCCGCUUCCGAGCACCUUGCAAUGCAAAAGUGCAGCUCGGACAGAUUUGUUAAUUAGCUUUUUAUUGUUUU